CACCCUUGAUUCCCCAACUCGAUGACACCAUCUUCAAAUUGCCCACCUUUCUUUGACUGUGGGAAUCUAGGGAAGCUCUCCUUCCCUUUAACCACUUCCCAACGCAAAGACUGUGGAAUGUUGCCGAUUCAUGGCUGUGAAGACCCCAACGCUCAAAAAACUGUGCUCUUUGGGAAAAAGAUGUUUCAAUUGACAGGAAUAGACAGUUCCAAUAUUCUAUUUUUCGUUAGAGACGCAGAUUUACCGAAGCGUUUGGUAAAUAAUAGCUGUGAUGCCUUGUGCUGCAAUAUUACACUUCCUCCUAACUCACCCUUGGGUUCGUUUUACAUAAUUCAACACAUAACAACCUUUUACAAAUGCAAUAUCACGCUCGAAGUUAGCGCUCCAAAGCAAUUCUUGAACUAUACCGGAUGUGGUAAGAGUAACAAUGAGAUCAUCUUCUUCCAAGCGCAAGAUGAAGAAGAUCCUCCACCUGCUUUGGCAAGAUGUCCGAGGGUUCGGGUUCCAGUGAAUUCCCUGGCUUUCUCUGCAGAUUUAUCCACAUUAAUAGCUUCUGAAUUUGCCGUUACAAUUCAGCUUUCUCUUGACUGUAGUCGAUGUGUUUAUGACAAAGGCUUAUGCCGGCUCAACAGCUCCGGAGGAUUUUAUUGUCUCAAAUUCAAGAUGAAACUGGGACUGAAGAUCAGUAUCAUAGAUGGGCUUGGAAGCUGGGAUGGAUAA